CUAAUACAAUAGCCUCCAGAAGUCCAAAAUAAAGAUAGAAUACCUCCCUACCAUCCUCUGAAACUACUCAUCCCUAAUAGCCAACGCCAUAAAAAUGACUCGAUAUAUCGUCCCUCUCAUACUAUUUAUACUUUCCUCUACGACCGCACUGGAUCAAUGCUUCUACCCCGAUGGAAAAACGGUAGAUCCGCAACAUGUCCCGUGUAACCAGACCGCAGGUAUAGCUACAAAUACCUUCUCUUCGUGCUGUUCGAGGCCCGAUGCGUGUACAACAAGUGGCUUGUGUCUGGGCUCAGCAGGAUGGGUAUACAGAGGAAGCUGCACCGACGCCUCAUGGGCAUCCCCCAACUGCGCGAAGCAAUUCCCAAAAUGCAAUACUCGUAAGUCUGCACUGCCCCAUUUCCAAACUUCGCCCAAAAAACAAGUCUGACAAAACAUCCCAGAUCCGGAUGGUACUCUAUACACAAGCUACGCCGUGCUAAAGACCUGCGCAGCGCGAAGCGCUAUGUGGGCUCCCGAAUACUGUUGUGGUGAAAACGGCGUCGAGAAUCCUGAUUGCUGCCAAAACAACUUCACGCUCGGAAUCACGGGUACUGCGUAUCAACCUGGAAACGAUGUCGUUAUGGCUCGNCGUCUCGCGAGCCUCACAUCGGGCGCUGCAGCCACCGUCACCGCGACCCUAGGCCCUACCUCCACAGCAGGUCUAACAGCUAGUUCUGAGAGUUCAGGCAUGGAUCUUGGCACGAAAGUCGGGCUCGGUGUUGGUAUUCCACUUGGUGUGCUGGUUCUUGGAGCUUUGGCAUUGAUGUUUUGGAGGGAGAAGAGGAAGAAUGCGUAUAAAGGGGUUGAUACUUCUCCUUCCUCUCCUAUGGCUGUAGCACCCGGACCGUAUGAGGCUGCCUCUCAACAUGGCCGUGCCAAUAGUAGUAUCACUGGCUACACUGUUACCCCGCAACAAGAAUACUCUUCUCCGAUUCAGCAGGGUCACCACAAAGUGCAUGAAGUGCCGGCGGCUGCUCAUAAUACAUAUGAGAUGCCUAGUUCCCAGAAUUAG